GCCUUCGAAAUCACGUUUGCAAUGAAGCGGAUGCCCAAGUAGAGGUUGGGUCCGUUUCAAUAACCUUUCACAAAUUUGAACUCUCAGUUGAAAAAUCAAAAACCAAAAACCAAAACCAAAAAAUCGAAUCAAUUUCCUCAAAACUGCUUAAGAUCUCAGAAAAUGGAGGAAGAGAAGCAGCAACUCAAGGAAGAGAAAGCUCCUUUGCAAGAAGCAGAAGCAGAAGCAGAAGCACCGGCGGCGAACAGUGGAGGAGGAUGGGGCGGAGGCUGGGGAUUCUCCUCUGUUUUCUCAGAUCUCCAGAAGGCAGCCGAAGAGAUCUCUCGCAAUGCUGCGGCGGCUGCUCAGACGGCAGCAAAGAGCAUUGCCGAUAUGCAAACCCCGGCCGAGGACUCUGAAGAGUCUUCCAAGGAGGAGGAAGGGGAUAGUGAACAGGAAUGCCAAGAUGAGCACGAGAAGCGACGAAAGGCUGCUCUGGAGAAACUGGAGAAAGCUAGUGAGGAUUCGUUUCUCGGCCAGCAUCUAAAGGUACUUGAUAGUUCUGUGGAGAACUUUGCUUCUGGAGCAUGGCAGGCUUUAGGAAGCGCUUUUAGAGGUGGCACUGAAUUAGUACACAAGAUUGAGCAUUCUGCUGUGAACCUAGCGGAAACAAUCCAGCGAGAUGGUCCUGGUUCUGUUGCACCCUCAUCAUUGCUAGAGACCGGAAAAGCUUUUACCUCAAAGGGAAUGCAAGUGCUUGAGCUAGUAGGCAAGGAAACCUUGGAUCUUCUUAUCACAGAAACUGGUAUUGAAGUUGAUAAGAAUUCUAAGCACUCUGAUCAAGAAGGUGAAGAGGAUCAGUUAUAUGAGGAAGUGGGGUUUGAUCGAUGUUUCUACAUAUAUGGAGGUCCAGAACACUUGGAGGAACUUGAAGCAUUAUCCAGCCAUUAUGCACUAAUAUUUAACCGUAGAAAAGGAAAAUUAUCACCAGAGCAGAAAUCUGUUUAUGAUGGAAAGCUUAAGUUGGUUCAGCAGAUUUUUAGUCUGAACUCUGAAUUGGAGGGAAGUGGGCCUGAGUCGGACAAAGGCAAGAAAAAAGAGACCGGAGCUGAUGGAAAUAGUGAUGAGAUGAAGAGCUUACAUGAUUCAAGUGUCAGCAAAGCUGCUGAUAUGGCUGCUGGGUUUACAAGUGCCUUAGCUGGACUAGCUGUUAAUGAUAUAAUUCAAAGAACUACCGGCAGAUUAGAGAGCCUUCACUCAGAGGGGGUUCAUAGACUCUCUGAACUUUGCUGCUCUGCGGUGUCUCAACUACUGAUGCUUGGUAAAGCCGUCAUAUCUAAUGCAAACAAAGCUCAGGCUGAAGACAUGGAUGCUGAUUUGGGGAUUAUUGACUGGCCUGAAGAUUCUGUUGAAAAAGCAAAAAUAAUCAGAUCAAAAGCACAAGCAAUGACAGGAUAUGUAGAAGCGGUGUCCAGCAGUUUCAUUACAGGCAUAUCUGAUGUUGCCGAAGCUUAUGUAGCAGCCAUAAAGGGUGCUGCAGAAUCACAAGAAGUGCUUCCACAGACAUCAAUGCAGGAAAAAGCAAUUUCCUUCUCUGAACAUCUCCGUAGUGACCAGACAACAGCUUUAAGCAAAAUUCAGGACGGGCUUCACUACUUGUCUUAUGUGGUGGUUUCAACCUCUAUGCCUGCUGCUUAAUAACCCAGUUCCUUUGACCUGUCAUAAGCUAUAUAUUUGAUUAGCUUUGUAAAUAGUCACUCCUGGAAAGUGGGUUUGGAUUCUCUUGUCUGUAGUGUUGUACCACUGAAUAUGAGUUCAAUAUUCUUUUCUGGAACUCUAUAAUGUUCAUCUUUUACAGUUUAAGAACAUUGAGGAUAGUUAGAGAUC